AUAUAUAUUAAUACGUGAGAUCUGUAGAAACAAAUCUAACAAGAAAUACAUGUAAUACAUAUGAUAAUAUCUGAACAAAUUUCAAAGACUCUAGUUUCAGCUAUUAUCAAAUCCAACUGAUUCUUGUCUGUUCUUGAAAUCAAUCAAGAACAUCCUUAAUUUAUUUUCCCAAGAAAGUUGAAUAUAAAAAACUCUUUUUACUACCCAUAAAACUGAGUCUGGUAAGUAUUAAAAUAUAUCAACUCAAACCCUAACUUUUUAAGGUUUUGUUUAGGUACACUACAAUGUUAUAUUUUCUGGUAUAUAUUAUAAUAUAUUUUGAAGUAUAUUAAUCAAUUGUGCAUUUUGUUAAACAGUUUUACGUUAUAAAUAAAGUCUGAAUUGGUCAAUUCAUGAUGUCUUUACACAGUCAUAUAUUUAUAAUCAAUGUUUGGUGUUUAAAAUGAAGGAUGGGAAGAGGAAAAAUAGAGAUCAAGAGGAUAGAGAACUCCACAAAUCGACAAGUAACAUUCUGCAAAAGAAGAAAUGGACUUCUGAAGAAAGCUUAUGAGCUUGCAGUCCUCUGCGAUGCAGAGGUUGCCCUCAUAGUCUUCUCAACUCGUGGCCGUCUCUACGAGUACGCGAAUGACAACAUAAGAGCAACCAUUGAGAGGUACAAGAACUCUUCGUCUGGUAACGCCAUCACUCACUCUGUCCAAGAAAUCAAUGCCGCGUACUAUCAACAAGAAUCUGCUAAGCUGAGACAACAGAUCCAAACGAUUCAAAAUUCCAACAGGAAUCUGAUGGGAGACUCUUUGAGUGCCUUAAAUGUCAAGGAACUAAAACAGGUUGAGAAUCGCCUUGAGAAAGCCAUCUCCAGGAUCAGGUCCAAGAAGCACGAGUUGCUUCUAGCCGAAAUCGAGAGCCUGCAUAAAAGGGAGAUUAAGCUCGAUAAUGAGAGUAUCUAUCUCCGAACCAAGAUAGCAGAAGUGGAGAGGUUUCAACAACACCAUCAUCAAAUGGUUAGUGGUACGGAGAUGACUGCGAUCGAGGCCUUAGCCUCUCGCAAUUACUUUGCUCAUAACAUUAUGACUAUUGGUUCUGGAUCUGGAGCUGGCCAUGGAUGUUCUUACUCUGAUCCCGACAAGAAAACUCAUCUUGGAUAAUAUCUUGGCGAAAACCGAGCUGCAGCAAUAAUGGAUUAUAAUGCUUUGAGUUCUGAAAAUCAUCUGCUCAGAUAUAUCUCUACAUAAAAUAUGUUCGGUAAUAUAAUUAUAACUCCAAAAGUACAAUGAAGGUAAUAGUCUGGUAUCUGAUUGAUGAUUUAUCUGAAAUUGUAGAACAUAGCUAUACAUGUGACUAAGGAACAUAAUACUUUCCCUCUC